CAGUUCAGUUUCAAUUUUUGACUGCCGCCGAUAAGGUUUUUUAAUUUUUACUUGAUCCUUGGCAGUUUAGUUAAUGUUAGUUAAUUAUGCUAUUGUGACGUUUUUAUCGUCAAUUCAUCAACUACUCACAAUGAAUGGCGAUUGACUGGUUUUAAGCAUAUUUCAGUUAUAGAGACACUAACAGCUUAUUCAUCUUGAGAGUUGGCUGCUUCUCUAAUCGCUUCAUUCUCUUGGAAGUUACUCAGUUUUAAUUCAAAUCUCGUUCCUCAUCCAUGACUGCUGUGUGCACAAAAGUGACUAAAUUCCCUCUGGCCGAACAAAUCUUUUCAGUUCCUGCAGAAACUUAUUAUUGUGAUAUAUCAUGAGCAACAACAGAGAAUUUGCUGAAUUUCAGAUUGACGUUCCAUGGGGCCACAUCAGUGGCAAAUGGUGGGGUCCUAAAGUGUUUAAUUCUGUCCUCUGUUCUAAGGGAGUUGCCUACUACCGCUACUGGGAUGGCCUCAUACAUAUUCGAAGAAUUGUCCAGCAUUUCAAUUGGAAAAAAAUUACCAUUCUUGGUCAUUCAAUGGGAGCUGGGAUAGGAUUUCUCUAUGCCAGUUGCUACCCAGAUGACGUAGAAGCUCUUAUUUCUUUGGACGCUGCUGGUCCUCGAAUUGAUCCACCAUCAACUCAUGCUCAGAGCACUCAUGAUUAUGUAGAAAAAUUUUUAAAGUAUGAGAAACUUAAUGAAAAUAACAUGCCAUCUUAUACCUACAAUGAAAUGAUCGAUCUUGUGGAGGAUGCGUAUGCUGGAUCCAUGACAAGAGAAGCUUGCAAAAUAAUGAUGAAACGUGGAAUGCGCCGAAACCCACAAAAUCCUCAUCUAUAUCAUUUUACACGGGAUGUCCGUCUGAAAGUCUCAAACAUUGGCCUGCCCUCAAUAGAUGUUGUUCUGGAAUUUGCCAAAAAAGUGAAGUGUCGCUAUUUAAAUGUGAAAGCUGUACCAGGAGGAAAGUCUGCGGAAAAGGAAAAGAUCUACAAUCAAAUAAUGGAGGUGCUGAGAGAAAGUUCCAGAGAUUUUUGUUGUGUCGAGGUAGAGGGGGCACAUCAUGUUCAUUUGAAUAAUGCUUCACUAGUCGCACCUCAUGUUGUGGCAUUUUUGGCAUUAUAGCAAACCCUUUUAUAUUGAUAUUUUUUGGUGUAACAAAAUCAGCUUUAAAAUUCUGAUUACAAAGAGAGACUUUACUUCUUGCGUUUUACAUGAAUAUCUGUUAAGUUCUAUGAUUUUUAAUUAUGAUUAUAGUUUUUAAGAUCAAGCAGCAUCUCUAGUUCAUGCGUUGAUACGGAGACAAAUUGUACUGAGCAAGUCAACUUUCACGCCUUUUGUAAGGUCUACCUCUGCUAAAAGAGCGAAUACACAACAUUUGGAACAUUUACUUUGAAGCUCAUGGUUAAAAUAUAAAAACUAAUAUCUCAAUUUGUAGUAUCAGGCAUGAGAUCUCAUUAUUGUCAGCUUUUUAAAUUGAAGACUACGUUUUCACAUUAUUUCAUAGAAACAGUUUUGACUUUUCUCCUUCAAAAGAUGUAUAAAAAAGAACUGACGAUUUAAAAACGCUGCAGUUGAGAUUCGUGUAUUUAGCGUUCAGCCAUAAUUAUUAGAUCAGACUUUCUUAUUAUAUUUAUGUAAUUUUACCAAUACUAAUUUUUCAGCUAGAGGUGUGAUUUUGUUUGUCUGAGGAAGAUCAUCAUUCUGUGAUAAUAUUUUUGUUCUUACAUGUUAUUAUAAUAAUUACUUUUUAUUAUUAGUCUCAAAAUAAGGGUGCGUUGAUUGAUUCAUUCUUUUUCUUAUUUUUUAAACAUACUUAGGCACCAUUGUCUCAAAAUAAGGGUGCGUUGAUUGAUUCAUUCUUUUUCUUAUUUUUUAAACAUACUUAGGCACCAUUGUACACUCAUUUUCAUCUUUCUUCAUAAUUUCUACAGUAGCAACCAUUACUGUUCAGAUCUCUACUAAGUAAAUGCCCAAUGGUUCGAGUUUUCAUAUUUCCAAUUCCUAAUUAUUUUUCUAAAAUGUAACCAACCACACGAGGAGGUGCCUCAGUGCAAAGGGACUUUCAUAGGAUAGUAAUUUUUUUAAGUCGGGCAAGAAAAUCAGAAUCUGCAUUUUGUCGGGAAACUUGUAUUUUCUAGAUCCCAAAGAGAAUGUUACAUAUUGUUACAUGGUUACAGAAGGCGUCCAACAUUCUUGCGCUCUGUGCAUGAUAGACUAAAAUUUGAAACAGAGGUUCCCUAAAAUUACUUGUCUUGAAAGGAAAACUCGAGUUGCCAUGUGUGUGUUUGGUGUACCUAAAUAUUGGUAAUUCAAUCCUCUGAGAAAUUCACGGAUUUUACAGGAACCAGCCUAAUUGCAUUUCAUUUGGCCUAAUUUUCUCGCAUGGUUUAUUUUUUUAACACAGAGCUAAAAUAUUAAACGCCAUUGAACUCUCCGUGAAUUUACCUACGAUAGAUUAUGAAUAAUACUCUCACAAAAUUUCAAGUUUCAGUGAUGCUUGGUUUUAUAUUUAUAAAAUAAAAUGAAACAUCCGAGAAAAUUGGGCAAUGUCUGAUGUAGUUAGGUUAAUUUCAGUUGAAUGUGUCCAAAAAACUCAGAUGAUAUCUUAAUUUCAAGUUUUUCAGCACUAAAAUCUCUUUUCCAUGGACAGUUGAGUAUUUUAUGCUAUAAAUAUUUUUCUUCAGUGAUAUCUCAGCCUGAUAUAGGUGAGAGGAGUUUGGAAAAGGGUUAAUUUUAUUUCAUUAAAUAACACGGGUAUGAUUAUGGGUUUCUUUCAUGUUUUGGAUUUUUACAAAUCCUGAAAUUAUUUUUUCCAGUCUGUAGACUUUUUGUUUUUGCUGUUGAGGGAAAAUAUUUAGAGAAAAAGAAAUACUGAUGAUGAAAUAUAUUUAUUCUUUUUUCACAAUUUAUAUUUACUUACCUAUUUUUUCUAACUUUGCCCUACUUGCUCUUGCAUAAUGUAUACAUAUGUAUACCUUUAGCUCUCGGACCAAUCUUGUACUAACUGUUUUUUCAUAAGAGUGAAAACUUAUUUCAGGAAGGAUAGAAAAAUGACCUAGAUCUUGUCAUCAUAGACUAUUUUCAUGAGAUUUAUCUCAGGGAAAAAUCUCACUUGCAACGUUUGGAAAAAUAUUGACUAACUCAAUAUUAAUCGCAGUACUUAGUAUGGUCAUUGUAAUCCUUGAAGAGAAACAAGACCAACUGAGAAAUGAAGAAGUAGAAGUGAAAGCAAAGUGUAUGAUAUUUUGUUGUUCACUUGAUUGUUCAUGUUUGUUUAAUUUAAAUCAUUUAUUGAAUUGUU